UCCGGACAAUUUUCGGACUCCGAGAACCCGUUUAACGUGAUGAAGUGUAAUUGACGAGCCAAGGCGUCUCAGUAUACGAGAGUGGUUCAUUGAAUACACUGCCAUCAUCUCGAAGUGGUAUUCAAGAGGGUCGCAGUGAAUCUCAGAUCCUGUGGAUGGAACGAAACACCGACUCGGUGGGCACGGUGCGCCGGUGAGAUUGACGCUAAACGAAUUUACCAAGUUAGCAAGGAUAAAAACAAACCUUAUCAGCCCAUGUAAAACCCGCCGCCAGUAAACCUUUGCUACUCAUCCGGUGCCAAACUUUAGGCGUAGUAUUGUACCUUAUUUCUGUUACAGUAACAUCCAUGUCGACUCAAGUCAAGAACGUCGCACUGAUUGGUGCCAGUGGUAACCUUGGAGUUGUCAUCCAGGACCAUUUCCUCGCCCAAAAGGACUCACCUCUCCACCUCUCCGUUUUGACGAGGGAAAACUCUGUCUCUCGAGCGAGGGUUGAGAGGACAGAUGUAGUCAUCAUGCUCCUCCCCCCAGAGUCCACUGUUGACCAUGAGUCUGUCAUCGACGCAGCGGUAAAGGCAGGCGUUAAGCGCUUCUUCCCCUCUGAGUACGGCGUUAGAACCUACCACCCAGCUUUUGCCGACAGCGUUUUGCUCGCGACUAAGAAGCGAUCUAUCGUGAAGCAUCUGGAGAAGACCCAGGAUAUCAUGAGCUGGACCGGUAUCAUAUGCAAUCCUUGGGUCGACUUUUGUGUAAUCGAUGGACUUUUGGGCUUUGACAUGAAGGAGCGCAAAGCGCGCAUCUACAACGGUGGCGAUGUCCCAUUCUCCACGGGUCUCCGUGACUUGGCUGCCCAGUCUCUCUACGCGCUCAUCACCAAUCCGGAGCGUCUCGAAGAAGCAAAGAAUCAGUACAUCCACGUCGCCUCCUACACAGUGACGCAAAACGAGAUCCUUGAUGUCGUGAAAAAGCUGACCGGCCAGGAAUGGCAGGUCGAGAAUGCCACCUCUGAGGGAGUUAUGCCAGAAGCCCUAGAGGACAUCAAAAAAGGCUUGAACUGGGGUCUGGGCCACCAAGUCCAAGCUAUUCUUUUUAGCUACGACUCGGAAGGCCAUGGUAUCGGUGAUUUCCGCCCCUUGGGGAUCUGGAAUGAGAAAUUGGGCCUGUCGAAAAGUACACUGGAGCAAGACUUGAAGGGCCCUCUUACGGGUGAUUGGAAGGGGUUUGUUCACAGGCAGCCGGACGAGCUUCCCAACUAUGAGCUCAAAAGGGAUCGCCAUCGCUCGACAGGCCUGUAGACCCUCGACUGACAAGGAUUUCUCUAUAGAACUUGCUCUUGAAACGCACUUUAUGUAGGCGCAGAUCUCAUGAUAGUAUGCAACAUGUUUGUUUCUUGUCGCCGCUCAGCAAUACCUCGAAGUAGUACCCAGAGAUAUUGACCGAAAGGGUCUGUUAUAAUACAGC